UUUUUACGUCUGUGUGUCUUUCAUAGGAUGUACACUGACCUUGUACAUAUUAUAUAUUUUCAGUUACAUCGAGUAUAUACUAGUUUACUGGCAAACUUUGUGCUGAACGGUUGUGUACUCUCACAGAGCUAAAAUUUUCUCGAAAUUAUUAUUAAAUUUUCGUUCCUGUUCGUUCGUUUACAGUUGUACUUUCACUCGAUUAGUGUUGUUUGGUAGUUUAUUUAUUUGCAAAAUGCCAAAGAAAGUAUCUCGGAAAGAUCGCCAGGAAAGUGGCACUAUUGUGGGUCGACCGAGAAGAAGAUCUAUCUCAAAACGUGAAAAUGAUAGUGUUGAAGCGUCCAGCGCGUCACAUAAAAAAAUAAAACUCAGUACUUCUCAACAUGUAGAGCAAGAUUUGGAGAAACAUUACAGGAUUAUAGACUUCUUGUUAGUAUUCUCAACGCUAAGUACAUUAGUGAAGUGCGUUGAAUGUAAUGGAAAAAUAAAGUUUCGCACAUGCAAAUCCGAAGGUAUAGCUUUCACCAUCAAAGUGUCAUGUGAAAAAUGCAAAGCGCCUCGGUAUAUUCCGACUAGUGAAAGAGUGAAAACAGAGUCAAAGCAAUCAUAUUAUGAAGUGAAUCAUCGUUUUGCUUUCGUGAUGCGUCUGUUAGGCCUAGGCUUAGCUGGAUGCAAUAAGUUUUGCGGUUUGAUGGAUUUAGCGGAAUCUUUCUUAUCAAGAUCAUGUUAUAACACACAUAUACAGAAGAUACAUACGACUGUAAAUGAUGUUACGAAAAGAUUUCUUGCUGCUGCUGUAAAAGAAGAAAAAGAGAAAACAUACGAAGCGAAUAACGUAGAAGAUUCUAACGAAUUAACUAUAUCAGGUGACGGAACGUGGAAGAAGCGUGGGUUCACUUCGCUAUUCGGUGUCUCUUCUUUGAUCGGUUACUACACGGGAAAGGUUAUUGAUAUAUUUGUCAAGAGUUCUUAUUGCCACCAAUGUAAAACUUGGGAAAAUAAGUUAGGUACUGCCGAAUUUGAAGAAUGGCACGAAGAACACGUCAACAGCGGAGACUGUAAAGCAAAUCAUGAUGGUCCAUCAGGUAACAUGGAAGUAAACGCUAUCAUACAGAUGUUCAAACGGUCCGCAGAAUAUUAUGGAGUGAUGUUUAAAAAUUAUAUAGGAGAUGGUGACUCAAAAACCUACAGUGGUGUGGUAAAUUCAAAACCGUAUGGUGAAGAUUUCACAAUAAAUAAGAAAGAGUGCAUAGGACACGUGCAGAAAAGAAUGGGUACACGUUUACGCGAACUAGUAAAAACAACUGUGGUCGAUAGUGAAACUAAAAAAGGCAAAAAAAUAAAGAGGAAAAGUCUAUCUGGAAACGGUAAACUCACUGCAAAAAUGAUAGACAAAUUGACCGUAUAUUAUGGACUGGCCAUUCAACGCAACCACGAUUGUGUAACGAAAAUGAAAAAUGCGAUUUGGGCGACAUACUAUCACUACUGCUCGACAGACGAGAAACCACAGCACGACAAAUGCCCGAGAGGUGAGGACUCUUGGUGUGAAUGGCAAAAAUCGGCAGCUGCAAAUACUCUGGAUUCGUUCAAACACAGCUACAAUGCUCUUCCUAUAGAUGUUACAACAGCCAUAAAGCCAAUCUAUGAAGAUUUGAGCAAAGACGCACUAUUGCAGCGGUGUCUUGGAGGUUUCACGCAAAAUAACACCGAGAGUCUCAAUCAACUCAUUUGGAGAAUCUCUCCCAAAUCAGUAAGCGAUACUGCAAUCGUUGUUGAAAUUGCAGCAAAUGUAGCAGCAUCCGUUUUCAAUGAAGGAUCUUUUGCUCUUUUGGCCUUUUUGGAUGAAAUGGGCAUCUCUACAGGCCCAAGUGCUCACCAGUGGGCGCGCCUAACUGAUGAACUACGAAUAACCCGAGCGAACGAAGAAGCUGCGCUUACACACUGAAAAAAAGAAAUAUUUGUCCCAAAUAAAUCAAUUUAUUUGUGGCUUUUUUUUUAAUAUUUUUUAAUGACAAAUAAAUAUAUUUGGUACAACAAAAUAUGACAGUUGAUUCAAAUAAUUUUAUAAUUUGACGGAAAUAUAUAAUUUAUUUGUGGUAAGUAAUUGAUAUAUUUGUGGUAAAGAUAUUAAAUUUGUGACAAAUAAUCUAAAAUUUGGCGGUACUAUACAUAUAUUUGAAGCCCUUAUUUGUUUGUAGCAAUUGGAUGAUUUCUUUACCACAAAUAAAUCACUUAUUUCACGAAAUUAAACUACUCAAAUAUAUUAUAUCUUUCUCACAAUUAAAUAUUUAUUUGGCCAUAUCCAAAUAUACGAUAUCUUUGGCUCAAAUAAAUCUUAGUUGGCUCGAAUAAAUCUUUUUUUCAGUGCAACAAAAGAGGGUAGAAUUCAACGUAGACAAGAGCAAAAAGAUGCAUUGGAUAUACUGAAUGACAGUGUUUCAUUGUAUGGAGCUGGCAUUGAUGACUCUAUAUGAUCCUGUAUGGAGCUAUGAUGUUCACCGCAAAACAACUUUUUUUGAAGGUGCCUCGGGAGAUUCAACGUCACCGGCUUAUUUUUCAAUAUUUUCCAAUGAAAAUUUUUUCUGAUAUAGUUCAUAAGUUGUACAACAAUAUGUCAUUAAGUUAAAUGAAAUUAUAUUACUCAUUUCGCUGAGAAAAAAUCAUAAAAA